AUGCAUCUGGGCAAGCAGAGCACCUUGGAAAAUGGGUAUGGCGAAGGGACCAAGGCGAAUUUUUUGACUGAUUUUUUUAAUUUGUAAAAAAAUGAGUGUAUACAGUAUUUCAGGGUUUCUUUUCAUUCUGUAACAAGCGUAAUUAAAAUAAAAAAUAUUACCACAAUUUUGAUCAUUUUUUCCUCAAAAAAAUCAGCCUGAAAAAACAAUGACUUCGCCUGCUUCGUCGCAAAGAAGACAUACCUCUUCUGAUGCUAGAAGAUGUGAAGUAAAACAUGUAGUACAUUUUUUAUCUCCACUCCAAAUAUCUUGAAUGCUGAUCCAAGUGCAGUAAGAAAUAAAACAAUUAUUGUUUAUUGAAGACAAUAUGUUAUACGCAGAUGUUAUACGCAGAUACAGCCGAAUUUUCAAUACAGAAUAAUUAGUUAACCAGAUUAAGUACAAAUGGCAUGAUGAUAUUGAUCGCAAUCCCCCUCCUUCCACCCAUGAGCAACACAGCAGGCUUGAACAUCGCCUCGAUUUGUGCAGGUUUCAGUGCAAGCCCAACAAACCUUGUUUCCAGAAAGGCCCUGCAUUAUUCCGCCCUCGCAAUCUUUGUCCCCCGGUGGCCUUGACUGGGUCAGGGGUGAAGAGGCAACAAGGCCGAUGAAUAGUAGGAAAAUGACAACAAAUUUCAUUGAAAAUGGUGCUUGUUUUCAUUCAGCUUUAGCGGCCUUUAUAUUCCAAACAUUUUGCUAUAAAAUCCCUAAACCGGAACCAAAACCGGAACAAAAUCAUUUUGACAUUGAAUUUCAACGAAAUUUAAGAGCUUUGCUUUCCCUAGCCCAUCAUAAAAACGACAUGAUUAGUCAUUGUCCUAUCAAUUCCACGCGCUAUCAUAUCGCUUUGAGUAUUUACUCCACUCUGCGGCUAUUCGUCUCAUUUCCUUAUCAAAUUUGCUUUUUAAAGGUCAACAAAUGACGUUAAAAACUUGCGAUAUUGGCCGUCAACGAAAGCCUCUUGACUCUUUCGAUAAACAAGGUCCGGCUUUGCAUCCGGGUUCAAGAUUUUUAAGUCAGAAAAUAUGAAUAUAAAAAUCGAAUACUUUUUGAUUUUCCUUGAAUCAGUCGCUGUUAAUUUGUAAUUAUGAGAGUGUUCCUUGUUUUUCUCCUUAUUGUCGCUGUAUCCCUUGGAAAAAAUGUAAUCCCGUGCGAUGAGACUUGUUGGAAUGGAGGUGAUGUUGCCACUUGCUGUAGGGCACAUGGAUUUGAGGAUGGGUUGUGUACGGAUGGCAAAUGUGUUCCAGAAAACCGCGUUGCACAAUGUUUCAAUUAUAAUGCUACCUUAGUUGAUGAAUAAAAAUGUGUACAAUCGCUCUCUGUGAAGCCGCUUCUCGUCUUUUUUUAUGGCUCACUCAAACUAUUAGGUCGUCCAGAAAGUUCGUUCGUUUUUUCAUUGCUUUGUUUUACAAGGAUUGUUGUUCUUUGGCAAAUGGUAUAUAUUUAUUUGAUACAGCUUUUUCUCCUCUACAAGACUGGCUGUAUCAAAUAAAUAUAUACCAUUUGCCAAACAACAAACAAUCCUCGUAAAAAAAAGCAAUGAAAAAAACGCACGAACUUUCUGGACGAUCUAAUAAAUAAAAAUAAAUAUAUGCAUCGCUAAAAAUGUUUACAGUAAUAAACCCCCGAACUAGACACUCGACAAGUCUUCGCCAGACCUCAGCAAACUCCCCAGUAGAUUAUCACGGUUGGCAUUUUGAUAAUGAUACCCAACUGUUGUGUGUUUAUCGCUUCAUGCUGCUAUUCAUUUCAUUUCUUUUCUUUAUGACUAAAAGCAAAUUUCUAUUUUGAGCUCGUUCAAUGAUCUAUUCAUGAUAUGCAUUUAUUUAUUAUGCUAUCUCUAUUUAAAACUUCAUGUUAAAAAGCGUAAUGAGAUAAAAGUCACAAUUUAAACAAGUUUCAUUGCACAUCCCAUAGUGAGAAGAAAAGGGAACACACUGGCUUGGUAGUUCCGUAUCUUUCAGCGCCAUUUUCAUCGCCGAACGGGUUUCCUUGGCAUUACCGGUGUGCGCGGCCGUCCUUUUCUUCCUGGUUAUGGCCAAUCUCCUCAAAACCUCAUUCACGGACCCCGGAAUCAUUCCCCGGGCCACCAACAAAGAAGUUAUCGAGCAAGAACGUCUCUUCAAAAUCGGUAAGGUUUUUGGAAUUAAAAAAAUUUUUUUUUUUUGUAAAAUCUUUGUAAAAAUAGUUUGACAAGGAAAGUACUUUUAUGGGGGCUCCUACUUUUUUAAGGGACAUAUCUCAAAAAAUCAGAAAAAAUGCGCUGAUCAAGGAUAUAUAAAUCUUAGCUGCCCAUUUUAGGUUUUUAGGGGUGAAAAUGCCCAAAAACUGGCUUAAUUUCCCUACAAAAGGCGCAGGCAUUCGAAGCGAUAAAAAGCGCAGUCGGUCUCUUCCUUCGGAAGAGAGCGGUGUGGCCGAGUGGUUAGUGUCGUAA